UCACUCUUACGUUUUCUUUAUCCCAACCUUUCUCUCUCUUUCUCUUUUCUCUCUCUUUCGCGUGUUUCCUUUUUAAAUUUUUUUUUUUUUAAUCUUCAAAAAUUGCCAGAUUCCGGCGAAAAUUUCUCUCUCAUCCUCUUCUCUCUUAUCACAUCCUCUUCGCCGUUGUGUUGUCUGUUAAUUUACAAUUUUACGCUUUUACUUUCUCAAUUUACCAUUUUGCCCCUCCACUUUUUCACCUAAGACCCAUUCCCCGAGGUUUAGAUAAUUACUGUUGGAUUUUCUAAUUUUUUUUUUUUUGAAAAAAAAGGUUUUAAAUUUUUUUUUUUUUAAAAUUCAUUUUGGAGAGUGGUUUAGUUACGUGGCAUGCAGAUAGAGAGCCAUGAACACCAAAACGAUGCGUCUCCCACCUCGACGUGUGUUGACACCUAGUGGCACUACCAAUAAGCGUAAAGAGAGAGAAGACUCGUUUGAGAGGCCCAAGCCCAUACCCGUUGCAACCACCACGAAAUUACUCAAGCCGGAUAAGCCGAUCCAGAGGCCCGGCUCGGAGCCGAUGUCGUCCAAUCAGUUACUAGCGGGUUACAUGGCCCACGAGUACCUCACCAGGGGGACCCUAUUGGGCCAGACAUGGGCCCCACCCCGAGCGGGGAAGCCGACGGAGGACGACGGCGGCGGAGUCGUCGAGGAAGGAGAGGCGGCGCCGUGCCGGAGAUCGGAGGAGAAGGAGGAGCGGGACAGGUACGCGGAAGUUGCGGGCUUGUUGAAGGGUGGUGGGACCCACCUCCCCGGCGUUGUUAACCCCACCCAGGUCGCCCGUUUCUUACACUUGUGAUCUAACAGACAAAAUGGGAGAGUCCUUGAGGACACGUGGACCGAUCCCAUUGGCUCUCCCUCGUUUUGUUCCGUUGGAGACAAAGCGUGCAAGGGGAGAGAAUUUUCUGUUAUUUUUUCUUUCUUUCUUUCCUUUUUUUGGAUUAGACAGAAAAUUGGUAAAUCUGCAUUUUCCGAUGCAUGCAACUUGUAUGUCAAUAUGUCAUCCCUCAUGAAUCAUGAUGUAUGUAUCGAUUCACAUGCAAAAUACAUGCUUUUUCGUUUUAACAAUUUUAAAUCCUUUUCAUUUGAUUCGU